AUGCCUCAAUUACCUCGCUACGAAUAUACCGGUCCGGUGGACUGCACCAUUCCACCGAACCGAGAUGUUUUGAAAGGAAAGAGCGUUAUUAUUACUGGCGGAGCAAAUGGCAUGGGUGAGGCGACGGCGCGAGCUUUUGCCGCUGAAGGAGUAUUUGUUACAAUUGCCGAUCUUGAUGUUGCCAGAGGUGAACGUGUUGCAGAGGAGCUGAGUCCGUUCGUGUCACUGACCAAGUCCCUCUUCAUGCUGUGGGAGGGUUUUAGUCGUUUGAUCAUGUUACUGAUAGAGGCUUAUAGCAAUGCUCGCUUUGUUAAAUGCGAUAUCACCUCUUGGGAUGAUCAAGUUUCUAUGUUUGAAGCUGCGAUUACGCAUUCUCCGAAUAAGAGCUGUGAUAUCGUUAUUGCGAAUGCAGGAAUUAGUCGUGCUUCUGGGGACGAUCUGUGGCCAUUGGAUGACCCUGAUGCUGCACCAGUAAAGCCGAAACUGAAUAUUGUCAAUGUCAACUUGAUUGGUACGAUGUACACAUGGAAAUUGGCUGUGCACUACUUUCGCAAGCAGCCCGAUACGGAGGAUCGAGAUCGCUGUUUUAUCAUGACUGGAAGCAUGACGGCGUGGAUUGACUCACCUGCAAAUUGGCAGUACACCAGCACCAAAUAUGCACUGCGCGGAUUGAUGAGAACUGCACGACGCAAUUCCCAUGAACAAGGCAUUCGAAUCAACUACGUCGCUCCAUGGCAAGUCGCCAUUAUCCAAGACAAAGAUCACCGCACCGAGUACGAAGCCCAGCUAAUCUCCAAGGGGGUUGAAUUCGCUCCCCAAGAGGACGUGGCUUCGUGUAUGAUGAAACUUGCCACAGAUAGGACAAUUAACGGUCACUCUUUGAUGAUUACGCCGAGGUCGGUUGCUAAAGAGGGCUUCAUGGAUGUCGGUAAAGAUGAUCAUAUCGAAGAAGGAUAUUUCAAACAUACACAGGAUGUUCAGCUUAGGAUUAUUGAGGAUCAGUGGGUGCCAGGUUGGAGUAAAGGGAGGACUCCGGAGGGUGCAAAGAAGGCAUGA